AUGACUCUCCGCUAUCGAAAAAACCCAGCACACAUCUCUACACUAUCAAGAAAUCCCAGCACACGUCUCUCCGCUAUCAAGAAAUACCAGCUCACAUCUCUCUGCUAUAAAGUAAUCCCAAAACACGUCUCAAGACUAUCUAGAAAUGCGAGCACAUGUCUCUCCGCUAUCAACUCACGUCUCUCCGCUAUCAAGAAAUGGCAGCACACGCCUCUUUGCUAUCAAGAAAUCACAGCAUACGUCUCUCCGCUAUCAAGAAAACCCAACACAGGGUUCUCCGUUUUCAAGAAAUCCCAGUUGACGUCUCUCCGCUAUCAAGAAAUUCCAGCACACGUCUCUCCGCUAUCUAGAAAUCACAGCAUACGUCUCUUCGCUAUCAAGAAAUACAGCACAUGUCUCUCCGCUAUCAAGGAAUCACAGCACACGUCUCUCCGCUAUCAAGAAAUAAUAACACACGUCUCUCCGCUAUGA